GCGGAAGUUGAUGAAGAGGCAAGAGCGGGGGUUGUGGAAGAAGGUGGUGGAAUGUUGGGGACGUCUGCGCAAGGAUCCAUUGCGGGCCAGAAAUCCGGGAACUUGACACAAACAUCGAUCAAACGGUGGGCAACCAACGAUUCGCAGCAACGAUUGAAUGUGGCAUGGGGGAUGCACCUUUUCCGACACGGCGCCCCAUUCAACUACGUCAGGACGAAAGAGACACAGGAGCUGAACGACUUGUACCUCGAAUUAGGGGAGAAAAGACAGCGGGUGAAGAUGCCUUCCUUGGAGGUCAUCCGAACUGUUUUGUUGGACAUCAUCUACAAAAAGGUGCUGGAAGACAUGCAUCCGCUGAAAGCGAAGUGGGACAACACAGGUUGCAACCUCCUCACUGAUGGGUGCACGGAUCGAAGGUACAGACCUGUGAUGAACUUCAUCGGGGCUGGCGAGAGUGGUGCGAUCCUCUUGAAGGUCGUGGAUGUGUCCAAGAAGAAGAAGACUGCAAUUGCUUUGGCGAUGAUGUGGGAGCAGAUGAUCAGGGACAUUGGGGUGCAUCGGGUUAAUGUAAUCUGCACAGACAAUGCGGAAGUCAACAAGCAAGCUGCACGGAUCCUGCGAAGGCGUACAGAUCGCGACAUAUCAAGCAUUUUAUGGAUCUCGUGCGCAACUCACUUCUUGAACUUGUUAAUGAAGGAUGUCUGCGAGCUCGACUGGGUGAAGGAAGUGGUGCAGCGCAUGAAGAUGAUGUUGCUGAACAUCAAGAAGAAGAAGAGUACAGGAAGCUUGGCAGGGUACCUGGACAUGUGGGCUGCAUUCUUCAACGAUGUGGAGGCACCAACGCCGAAUGAUCCUGUAGCGUCGCCAAGGGUUGUGACUCCGGCAGACUUGAGUGAUGAUAAAGUGGCCGGCCGGACAAAUCUAGCGAAGACCCCCCGAGCUAGAGUCCUAUGGCCUCAUGUUGUUGAUGGAUCAAGCUCAUCGGACAACAGUGAUGAUGGGGAGGACCUCAUUUGGAGAGGCAAAGGCAAUAACAAAAAGGUUUUUGAAGUUGUUGAUGGUGGCAAAGGCAAAUUGCAGAUGGAUGUGGAUGACGAGGAACAAGAUACUGAGGAGAGCGAGGAAGAUUACGAAAACUUUCCGUUGCGGUCGCCAAGGGCGAGCGACAUAUCCAGCGACGACAACGAACUGGAUGACGACCUCACACGUAAUGUGGAGCGGGUUUACCUUGAUAGUGACCUGGAGUUCUUGCGGCCUCGGGGAAUGAACUUAAACGCAUGCGUCGAAGUGGACAAGGACUUCGAUGAUGACGCUGACAGGGCGAGGGCACAAUCCCUUGCUCAUCGUGAUCACGCCCUCGUGGAGCAACGGAUUCGAGAGGAAACAGCAAAACGAAGUGUUGCCCCCCUCCGAGGAGGAUGAACUAUACAACGGCGGGAAUGGGCGGAUGUCUACCGGCGGAGGGGGUUCAACAGCAGCGGCAUAUGGAAGGCAUGUAAUGGGAACAACAAGAG